UAUGUUCUGCUUUUUUACAAAUAUGGAGUUUUAGUAUAUAUCAUGUUCACUUGUUAAGGAUGAUUCGAAUUUUUUGAAUCAUAUCAAAACGAAUUAUUUAAUAAAACGAUAUAACAAAUAUUUUGGCCGGUCCUAAUGUCAAUUGUCAAAUGAGCCUUUCUGCAAAUACAAUCCUAUAUUUAAAUACCAACAUCACAACAUAAUAAAAAAAAAAAACUUAAAAAGAAAUGCCUUGCCUCACAAAAACAAUACCGUUUCAUUAUGUCAUCAUUGUUUAUUCCUUCUUCUUUUUACCGUUCUUGUCGUCCUCCGACGACGAUCUAAGAACCACCGUCUCUGGUCUUUUCUGCGGCGGACGAAGCAAAUCCUCCACAGAUCCAAAUUACAUCCCAACGUUCGUCGAAGAUAUGCAUUCACUAUCUCUUAAACUAACUACACGCCGUUUCGCAACAGAAUCAUUAAACUCCACGCCGUCUAUCUACGCACUGAUCCAAUGCCACGACGAUCUCUCACCGUCCGAUUGUCAGCUCUGUUACGCGAUUGCACGCACGCGCCUCCCUCGUUGUCUACCUUCUUCCUCCGCAAGAAUCUUCCUCGACGGUUGUUUCCUCCGUUAUGAAACUUACGAGUUUUACGAUGAAUCAGUCUCCGAUACGUCCGAUAGUUUUUCUUGUAGCAACGACACCGUUUUGGAUCCUCUGUUCGGGUUUCGCGUUUCGGAAACCGCGGUGAGAGUCGCGGUUAGAAAAGGAGGGUUUGGAGUCGCCGGAGAGAGUGGAGUACACGCGCUUGCUCAGUGUUGGGAGAGUUUGGGGAAAGAAGAUUGUAGGGUUUGUUUGGAGAAAGCUAUUAAAGAAGUGAAACGAUGCGUUUCGAGGAGAGAAGGAAGAGCUAUGAAUACUGGGUGUUAUCUUAGAUACUCUGAUCAUAAAUUCUAUAAUGGUGAUGGACAUCAUAAUUUUCAUGUGUUUUUUAACAAAGGUGUCAUCGUGGCUAUAGUCUUGACAACGUCAGCAUUCGUCAUGCUCAUUCUCUUGGCAACGUAUGUCAUUAUGAUAAAAGUAUCAAAGACCAAGCAAGAACAACGAAACUUGGGUCUAGUUUCGAGAAAAUUCAACAACUCAAAGACGAAGUUCAAGUACGAGACUCUAGAGAAGGCUACAGAUUACUUCAGCCCCAAGAAAAUACUAGGGCAAGGAGGAAAUGGCACCGUUUUCUUAGGAAUCCUUCCAAAUGGCAAGAACGUGGCCGUGAAGAGAUUAGUGUUCAACACAAGAGAAUGGGUAGAAGAAUUCUUCAACGAAGUGAAUCUAAUUAGUGGAAUCCAACAUAAGAACCUCGUCAAGCUUCUUGGUUGUAGUAUUGAAGGACCCGAGAGUCUCUUGGUCUACGAGUACGUGCCUAACAAAAGCCUCGACCAAUUUCUCUUUGAUGAGACUCAAAGCAAGGUCUUAAACUGGAGUCAGAGGCUAAACAUAAUCCUGGGAACAGCGGAGGGACUGGCUUACCUACACGGUGGAUCUCCGGUGAGGAUUAUUCAUCGUGACAUCAAAACUAGUAAUGUUCUUCUAGACGACCAGCUCAAUCCAAAGAUCGCUGAUUUCGGUUUGGCUCGUUGUUUUGGUCUGGACAAAACUCAUCUUAGCACCGGCAUCGCAGGAACUCUAGGUUACAUGGCUCCAGAGUAUGUUGUUAGAGGACAGUUAACGGAGAAAGCAGACGUUUAUAGCUUCGGAGUUCUUGUUCUCGAGAUUGCUUGUGGAACAAGAAACAACGCUUUCGAACCAAUGACAGGUCAUCUCCUACAAAGAGUCUGGAACCUCUAUACACUGAAUAGAUUGGUCGAACCCCUUGACCCAUGUCUAAAAGAUGAGUUUCUUCAAGUGCAAGGCAGCGAAGAUGAAGCUUGUAAAGUUCUUCGUGUGGGAUUGUUAUGCACACAAGCUUCUCCAUGGCUGAGACCAUCGAUGGAAGAAGUGAUCCGCAUGUUAACCGAGAGAGAUUACCCGUUUCCAUCUCCAACCAAUCCUCCCUUCUUGAGGAUUAGCUCUCUAACUACAGACCUAGAGGGCAGCAGUACUAUAUCUCAUAGCACCAAUAGUACUACGACGUUUAACACGAUGGUCAAAACCGAUCAAGCUUCUUAUACCUCUUCAGAAUCUUCUACUACUCGUACUAUCUAAUGAUUUUUUUUCCCUAGAAUAUAUUUCACCAUUUUUUUGAGGUAGGUGUACACAAAAUUCAUUAUAGAAUUUUUGAGUAAUCAGAUUUCCCUAAGCGGAAAUACAACAUGUGAGUUAUGUA